AUGGACAACUUUAACUUCAUCGACCUCUUUGCUGGCAUAGGUGGGAUUCGUAUUCCAUUUGAAAAGUUAGGCGGAACAUGCGUGUUUAGUUCCGAAUGGGAUAAACACGCCCAGCAGACCUACACGCACAACUUUGGUGAGACACCCGCUGGUGACAUUACCAAAAUUGACGAAGCCGACAUCCCGGACCAUGAUGUUUUAUUAGCGGGUUUUCCGUGCCAACUCUUCAGCAUUAUUGGAGAUAAGCAGGGUUUUGAGGACACACGCGGCACGCUGUUUUUUGACAUCGCUCGGAUUUUGAAACAGAAGCAGCCGAGCGCGUUCCUCCUUGAAAAUGUCAAGCAGUUGCUUACCCACGAUAAAGGGCAAACCUUCGCGGUUAUACAAGCACAAUUGUCACGAUUGGGCUAUACCACCUAUCACAAGGUAUUGAACGCUCUGGAUUUUGGAUUACCACAGAAACGAGAACGGAUUUUCAUCAUCGGGUUUCGUGAACCAAUAGCAUUGAGUUCCCGAAGCCUAUUGGCGUAUACAAACCGCUCUCGGAGAUUUUGGAGCCUGACGAAGAUGUUGAACCCAAUCUAUUUGCAUCGGAACGCAUCCAACAGUCGCGACUUUGAAAAGUGCAAAUGCACACCCUUUUUCCCCUCUAUCUGGCACGAAAACAAGGGAGGCAACAUUUCGGUUCUACCCUUUUCGUGUGCGUUGAGAGCGGGUGCCUCUAUAACUAUCUUUUGGUGA